UUUUUUUACUUUAACGAUAACAGCAAUUUGUCUUACUUUUAUUCACGCAAUCCAAAAAAAUGUAUAUACUGCGGAAGACAUGCACGGUUGAUCGCCAUCAGGAUGACAUCGCGCUCCUACGUUGUUUGCCUCUUGACAUCUUCCAUCCGUCAAUUUUCCGUCCACGAAAAACGUAAAACCGCUCGCCUACAACCCGGCAGAUUUAUCGCGCCGUUCUCGAUGAAAUAUUCAUCACGUCGUGGACAGACUCGCGAAAAGACGGGAUCCUCGAAUGUCCAGUGGGAGCGCAUCGUUCACUGAUACGGCGAUACACGGCAAGCUGGAACCACCGAGAUCGCUGCACGGUGUCGAGGAUGCCGAGGUCAUUUGGGACACGAUCACGCGGCGAUUUCCGAAUGCGGCACCGCUUCUCUGCGAGAUGGAAACGGUGAUCGAACGAGCAGAAGAUCUACUGCAGCAGCUUAAAACGCCUUGCACUCAGGGAAAUGGUAUGCGAUUCUUCGAAAGCAACCGGAAAGCAACUUUUCUGUCGUGCACGUGCAUGACAGGCAAACAAGUCUCGGAGAAUUUUAACACGUCCAGCUCGUUUCACACACCGGAUUCCCGGGAAUCUAACGCGACGAUUUCGAUGGUGUCCGACAUAGAAUCGUUUGCCGAAGAAACGAAUAUUUCAGAACAUUACGAAGUCGCCGAGAACGCAACUGAAAUGCAACUGAAAAUGCACGAUAUUCACGAAAAGCAAAUGGAUUUAGAGUCUCAAUAUUGUAAUGAACAAUCUAUUCAGUGCGAAAAGAAACACCCCUAUCAGGAAUAUAAUUUGAAUUCACCUUUAAGAGUCGACGAGAUUGUUGAACAUUUCAAAACAAGCUCGAUGAAUAAAUGUCACAAUUCCCAAGAGAAAUUAAAUACUAAUGUAAAGGAUAAUGUUGACGAAGCAAUCGGUAUGAAUUCGGAAGAAAGAUUAAUGAAAGCAGUGGGUGAAGUAAAUAGUUUGGAAGGAUGGGCAAAUAUGACUAAUAAUAUACUGUGUAAAUAUCAUGAUGAUAUGGAAAAUGAUAACGAUUCAGAAACGGAGCCAAGCGUCGACAGAAAUAUAGAUAAUCAUUCAUUAACAGCCAACAAUGAUGACAAAUCUGACAAAAGUGAUGAAAAAAUCAGUAUUGCAAAAUGUUCUGCAAAUCUUCGUUCACCGUUUACUAUCCUUGAAGAAUAUGCAAAGCAGUGUGAAGUGCCAAUCGCAUACAAGUGCAAAUCAAAACCAAAUCUGUAUGUGAUAAAUGGUGACCUAUGUGGAUUUCGCGCAAUGUCGUGUGCCGCGACCAAAGAUCUGGCCAAAAACGAAUGGGCAGCAAAAAUAUUGUGGAUGAUAGCCGUGCGUCAGAUGGAUGGCUCGAAAUCUGUUCGCGGAUUAUUAGAUUUCUCGAGAGAAGAGAUGUUAGAGAUAAUAGCACUUGACGGCAAGUUGAAGAACGCGUCGCAAAAACUCUACAAAUUUUGUCUCGAGAAAGGAGAAUCUAUUCCGAAGUAUACUAUUGGCAAUUCGACAACACAUCAAGGGUUUACGUACACAGCUCAAUGUGUAGCUUUAGGUCACGUCGGAGUUGGACAAGGAUUAAGGAUAGAUAACGCUAAGAUUGCUGCUGCUGAAAAUCUAUACCAGAAAUAUAUUUGUGAGAAGCAAUAA